GCCGGGCCGGGCCGGGGGCCGCGGCGGGGAGGAAGGAGGCCGGGGGUCGCGGGAGGAAGGCGGAGGAGGAGGAGGAGGCCGGGCAGGGGCGCCAUGGCGGCGGCCGAGACGAAGAUCAUCUACCACCUGGACGAGCAGGAGACGCCGUACCUGGUGAAGCUGCCCAUCCCCGCCGAGCGCGUCACCCUGGGCGACUUCAAGGGCCUCCUCAACCGGCCCAACUACAAGUUCUACUUCAAGUCCAUGGACGACGACUUCGGGGUGGUGAAAGAAGAAAUCUCAGACGACAAUGCCAAGCUGCCCUGUUUCAACGGCCGCGUGGUGUCGUGGCUGGUGUCUGCAGAGGGGUCCCAUUCGGAUGCGGGGUCGGUCUGUGCCGAUAACCAAACAGAGCUGCCGCCUUCCAUGGAGCGCACGGGAGGCAUCGGAGACUCCAGGCCCCCCUCUUUCCACCCUAACACUGGGGGGAGUCGGGAAAACUUGGACAAUGAAACAGAGACAGACUCAGUGGUGUCAUCGCAAAGGGAACGACCUCGUCGGAAAGAUGGGCCUGAGCAUGCACCCAGGGUGAACGGUACAGUGAAGGGAGAGCGGCGCCGAGACCUGGGCGGGUACGAAAGCUCCUCCACGCUCAUGAGCAGUGAGCUGGAGACCACCAGCUUCUUCGAUUCAGAUGAAGAUGACUCCACAAGCAGGUUUAGCAGUUCAACAGAGCAAAGCAGCGCUUCCCGUCUAAUGAGGAGGCACAAGCGACGCCGGCGGAAACAGAAGGCUCCACGCAUUGAGCGGUCAUCGUCCUUCAGCAGCAUCACAGACUCCACCAUGUCCCUGAACAUCAUCACUGUCACGCUAAACAUGGAGAAAUACAAUUUCCUGGGCAUUUCCAUUGUGGGACAGAGCAAUGAACGCGGGGACGGAGGCAUUUACAUUGGCUCUAUCAUGAAGGGCGGUGCUGUGGCAGCUGAUGGCAGGAUUGAGCCAGGAGACAUGCUCUUGCAGGUGAAUGACAUCAACUUUGAGAACAUGAGCAACGAUGAUGCUGUGCGGGUGCUGAGGGAGAUCGUGCACAAGCCGGGGCCCAUCACCCUGACGGUGGCCAAGUGCUGGGACCCCAGCCCCCGAGGCUGCUUCUCGUUACCCAGGAGUAAGUGGAUAGCUGACCCACCCUUAACGCUGGUGCCCAGCUCAUUUGCUCCCCAGCGGAUCUGGGCUGGGCCAGACUCUCCAUGCUCCGAUCCGGGUGAGCCCAUCCGGCCCAUUGACCCGGCAGCCUGGGUGUCUCACACGGCAGCGAUGACUGGCACCUACCCAGCGUACGGUAUGAGUCCAUCCAUGAGCACAAUCACUUCCACCAGCUCCUCCAUCACCAGCUCCAUCCCAGAGACCGAACGCCUCGAUGACUUUCACCUGUCCAUCCACAGCGACAUGGCCACCAUUGUCAAAGCCAUGGCCUCCCCAGAGUCAGGCCUGGAGGUGCGUGACCGCAUGUGGCUGAAGAUCACCAUCCCCAAUGCUUUCAUCGGUUCGGAUGUGGUGGAUUGGCUGUAUCACCACGUGGAGGGCUUUACAGACCGUCGUGAAUCCCGCAAAUAUGCCAGCAAUCUGCUGAAGGCUGGCUACAUCCGACACACCGUCAACAAGAUCACCUUCUCUGAACAGUGCUAUUACAUCUUCGGGGACCUCUGUGGAAACAUGGCUAAUCUGUCCCUUCACGAUCACGACGGCUCCAGCGGUGCCUCCGAUCAGGACACUUUGGCUCCGCUCCCACACCCAGGAGCCGCACCCUGGCCUAUGGCUUUCCCGUAUCAGUAUCCACCGCCUCACCCUUACAACCCCCACCCCGGCUUCCCUGACCCAGGCUACAGCUACGGAGGGGGCAGUGCAGGCAGCCAGCACAGUGAAGGGAGCCGGAGCAGCGGUUCCAAUCGCAGCGGCAGCGAGAGGAGGAAGGAGAGAGAGAAGACCGGGGAGUCCAAGUCAGGCGGCAGCGGGAGCGAGUCGGACCACACCACGAGGAGCAGCAUGCGGCGUGAGCGCGCGGCCAGCGAGCGCUCGGUGCCCGCCAGCCAGCACAGCCAGCGGAGCCAGCACUCCCUGGCUCACAGCAUCCGCAGCCACCACAGCCAGCAGUCGUACGGGCCGCCCGGCCUCCCCCCUCUCUUCAGCCCCCCCAUGUUGCUGAUGCCACCACCGCCUUCAGCCAUGGGGCCCCCCGGGGCGCCGCCGGGCCGUGACCUGGCCUCUGUGCCCCCCGAACUGACAGCCAGUAGACAGUCCUUCCGAAUGGCCAUGGGCAACCCCAGUGAGUUCUUUGUGGAUGUAAUGUGAAGCGCCCGUCCCCUGUCUGUCUGCUGCCCCUCCUUCCCCCCAACCCCAUCCCCGUCGUUUGUCUCCUAGGACCAGCCCUGGCUUCACCCCUUGUUUUUUUGGGAUUUUUUUUUUUUUUUGGUCUUGAUAACUAAAAGAAAAAAAAGGGAAAAAAAAUAAAUGGAACUAAACCUUGAUUCUAAUCCCUCCUCCAGCGGGGUGGACGGGCUUGGCAGGCCUGCUGAGCGCUGCCAGCCCAUCCCGCCACCAGACUUGUGUAUUGCCGAUGGUAAUUCCCUCCUGCCGUCCUCUCUAACCCCAUUAAUCCGCAUCCAUCCCAGCGCCCUGUGCUGCUUGCCCGUGUGUCGCUGCCGCCUCCUGGUCCUUCCGCCCUAAACAUCUCUUCUUUCUUUUCACCCUUUUGUGUUUCUUCUAUCAAGCAGCAAAGAAUUACGGGGUGUUUGACUUUCUCUGAGCCUGCCGCCCGCAGGGGGGAGAGCUGGAGCGUGGCGUGGCCCGACAGGAGGACACGGAGCUCCAAGGGCGCUGGGCGCGCAUGGCGCUGAAGAUGGCUGCUUUUCUCCCCCUAGCGGAAGACGCCCUGAGAGGGGAGCAGGGCCCAGCCUUACGUGCAUUUUCAAUCCCGUUGUAGUUGCCUUUUGGCCAACGCGUGAAUGUUCCAGGGCUUCAGUGCCUCCAGGGGAGGGGAGAGAUGCUGCCCCUUCCUUCCUGCCUCCCCUUUGGGCCAGGUCUGUGCCUGGCGCUGCCCUGUGGGUCUUGUGUGGCUCGGGGCUGUGGGGGCAGAUGCUCGCCCGGCCUGAGGGAACCUCCACGGGGACCUCAACCUCCACCCUGUUCUUUGCUCUCCUGCCUGGGAUGCUGCUGCCCCUCGUUUGUAGGGUUUGUCCCUCGGGCAGCUGUGGCCAGGCUCAGUUCUGCCAGGCAGCGUGCCCUCUUCAAGAGCCGGGGUGCAGCCGGGGGGAGAGGGAGGGCACCGUGGGUUCACUGUCACGCUUCUGGGGGACGUGGAGGUCCCCUGUGUUUGUCCGCCAGGAGGGACAGCGCUGGCACUGCCCCGUUCCCCCCUGCGUACGGUACCCGGGGGGAGCUCUUUGGGCUGGGGCCUAGAGCGCAGGGGUGCACGCAGCGAGGCGAGUCCACUUGCUCCGGCGCUCCUUCCCCUUCUUCCUUCCUCUCGUGGAUCCUGGAGCCUUUCCUCUUCUCUCUGCCUGGGGUGCGGGAAGGAGAGGUGCUAGGGGCCGGGGGCAGCCCCUGCCCCGUGCCAAGCUCGGUACGUCGGUACGUUCAGCUCCGCUCGGCGCCACAGCUCCCUCCGCGCGCGUUGCCUCCUUUGGUCUUUCGUGUUUGCAGUUUUAUACUUCAGAGAUGACAUGUAUUUUGCUCCUCCGGGGUCCGCGUGGCGCCCAUGACCCCUCUGCCAGCUCUCAUGUGCCAUCCGUUCGUCUCCUGGAGCCUCUCCUGUCCCCGAGGGGUCAGCUCGCCCAGCGCCCGCUGCCCCCGGAGCGGGGCGGCACCGGCACGCCGCAGCCCGUCCCCCCUUGCCCCUGUCCUCAUGCCACCCAGCAGCCUCCCCGGCCACCGCUCGCUCCCUUGCCUGCCCGCUGGGUUUUAUAUGAACGAAUCCAACCUCCUUGUUUUUAUUUAUAAACAUAGUUUUAUUGGA